AUGGACCUUAAUAAGCUUUUCGUUACUCUUUUUCUACUUGCUCUCCGGGCUCAUGCGUUCGCAUUUCCCGCUCCUGUUUUGACCAAUGAAUCAACUGCCGCUAUCGAAUGCAAAAAACAUACGGUUCACAAUGGCGACACCUGUUUUAGCAUCACCAGGGCGAACAACAUCACCUAUACACAAAUUCUCGCUUGGAACAACGAUCUCAGACCUGCCUGCGCAAACAUAAAGGAAUUCUUGGGCAAGAAUAUUUGUAUCAGCAACCCUUCAGGCAAAUUAUUCAUUCCCAACAACUCGCGCGGAGCCACGACUACUAUCUCCACCCAAGCACCUAAGCCGACUCCAGUACUUGAUAAGACUAAUGAGCAUUGUGGGCAAUUCUAUAAAAUCGCCAAAGGAGAUGACUGUUCAACUAUUGAAGCCAAGUUUGGCACAUCGCUGGAAGAUUUGCCAGUGGGAAAUAUAUCUACUUACCCAGGAUAUGGCGGAGCUCAAACUGAUGAUGCCAUGUGGGUUGAGCUGCCUAUGAAGUCAGUACCGAGGAGGGAUAUUAUGGCCUCGUAUAGGGCUAGCAAGCCAGUGAUCCCGAUGGCAAAUGGUACACGCCGAGAUUGCAAUUUGUUUUACAAGGUGAAGAAAGGAGACGAAUGCUCCGGUAUUGCCGCUCAUACGAAAAUCGACCUCGAAGAUUUUUAUAAAUGGAAUCCGGCCGUCAAGGUUGACUGCUCUGGACUUCAAGCCGAGGUAUACGUUUGUGUUGAGCGCACCGGACCUGAAAUUGCGCGGCCUGCAAUGAUCCCUGGGUUAAAGACGGUGGCUGAGCCCAAGAUGACUACUGUGAUGGUCUACUGA